AUGCGCAUCCUGCUUACUCUGGCAGCAAAGAAUAACUGGCCCGUCUACAACUUUGAUUUCGUGGCGGCUUACCUGAAUGCGCCCAUCAAUGGAGAAGUAUGGGUACAGGCGCCUGAAGGGCUAGACGUCGAAGCAGGGGAAGCGUGCCUUCUGAAGAAGGCACUUUACGGGAUGAAAAAAUCUGCUCGAUGCUGGUGGAAACACCUGCGCGGUACUCUAGCUGAUCUGGGUUACAUAUCCAGUUAUUAUGACUCAAGUGUUUACACUCUCAGCAACAAGGUCAACCGUUCAAUAAUUUGGGUUCACGUUGACAAUGGUAUUGUCACCGGCUCCUCUGAUGAGGCACUCAAACUACUUGAAACACAAUUAAAAGGAAGUUUGGAAAUCAAGUGGGAAGAAGGUCUUUCAAGCAUGGUGGGAGUCAAGAUCACGCGUACGGAAGAUGGUUUUGAACUACGACAACCUUGUCUGAUCUCGAAAAUCCUGAAUGAACAAUGGGAUGGUGUCUCUCUUGCAUCAUCUCGGCUCCCGGAAGGGUAUUCUGCUAACUCUGACGACAAAGAGCCGGGAGUGAACAGUACGGAUUACUUAUCUGCUAUUGGCAGUCUCAGCUAUGUUGCUGUUGGAACUAGACCCGAUGUCACGUACAGUGUGAACUAUCUUGCACGUUUCUCAGCCCGACCCUCAACGAUCCACUGGAAAGGCCUACGCCAUCUGAUCAACUACCUAGCAAAAUCAAGGGACAUGCCACUGAAGAUCCAACCGUCUAAGAUUUGCCAUUCACCGGUGGAUUGCUACGUCGAUGCAAACUGGGGAGGUCCCAACUCCAGAUCAUCAUACGGUGUACUCAUUCGACUGUACGGUGCGCCCAUCAUGUGGGUGUCACGCAGACUGGUUACAGUGGCAAGCUCGACGUGCCAGGCGGAGUACAUGGCACUUGGACACGCCACUAUACACACACUGUGGAUCAGGAACUUACUGGCGGACAUUAUUGGAGCGGAUUGUGUUGUGAAAAUCCUCUGUGACAAUCAGUCAGCUGUGAAGAUUGGUUGUGAGGACGCUUCCAACAAGAGGGCACAACACGUAGAACAAGACUUUUAUGUUACAAACCAAGCUCUCUUUCAACAAAAAACCUCUCUGACGUGGAUCCCUGGGAAAGAACAACUGGCCGACAUCCUGACAAAAGCUUUGGGAAAAUCAGCACACAAACAUCUUGCAGCGGUAGUUCAAGGUCAUGCGGGUUAA